AUGCGGAUCUCAUCCGCCCUCGCAACCACCGGCCUCUUCGCCGCCGCCGGCACCGCCUCCGCCGUCCUCCUUAACCCUACCGGCAUCCACUUUCCGGGCUACAACGGAACGGGUAUCCGCACCAUCACCAAGGUGUGGGACCACGUGACGACGUACUGCCCGGAGCCGACGACGCUGUACUACAACAACCGCACCUACACCAUUGACAAGCCAACCACCUUCAUCAUCCCCGACUGCCCUUGCACGCAGACUUACCGCCGCUCCUUCCCCGGCGUGCCGACUGGAGUCCCUGGAGUCCCGGGCACCACGCCCACGGCUCCCGGCCAAAACCCCGGCAGCACACCGUCCGUCGUCGUCACCGCCGGCGCCGAGAAGCGCGCAGCUGCCGGCAUAGCUCUGGUCGCUGGCGUCGUGGCCGCUCUUGCCCUGUAA